GUCAUUGUUGCUACAGUUCAUACACACUAUAAAUCAUUAGAAUAAAAGAACAUCCGAUAACGUUUUAAAUGAACCCCUUUUACCAAUACUCGCAACCAACAAAUCCAUCAAAUUCACAUAUCAAUAAUACACAUUUAUCCAUUAUCAACACAUCAUCAACACCUUUAAAAAGAACACGCGCAAAAAGAAGUUGUGAUUUCUGCAGAAAAAGAAAAUCACGAUGUGACGCAGAUACCUGCACGCCAUGCUCCAAUUGCAAAGCUUGGGGUUAUACAUGCGAGUUUCAAACAGUAAGAAAAAAACGCGGACCUCCCAGCGUAUAACCUCGAAAAAAAGUGCAGAAAAAUGGAAUUGCUUCUCAUUGCUUUAACGAAUUGUUCCAUUGCACAUCUUGAACGUAAUGACUUUCAGUAUACCGGCCACAGUCAGCCAAAUUCACCACCUAUUCAAACAGACCUGGCUCCUGGCGAAAACGAAGAUUCCGAUUUUGAUAAACGAGAACAGGACAUGAACAAGGAUUACGAUUGUAUUAAAUACACUGGCCAAUCAUCCACUGGGCUACGACUAUUUGAUAAUGCCUUCAAAGAUCAGUCUUCAAUUCCGUGGCCCGGCAGAGAAAACAUUGUAUUAAAAUUAGUGUCACAAGAUGAAUUAAUGAUUGUUAGAACUGAAAAAUCGUCAAUGGCAAAGAAAUCAGACAUUUUAUUGGAUAUUGGACUUUCCAUGAGAAUCCCAUUAUCAAGCCGUCCAGAAAAACUGGGAAGCGCUUUUCUUAAAAGCGCGAGUAAGCCUACCGCUCAUCAAUUAGACGAAAUGAUUGGCAUCUAUUUUAGUCACUUGCAUGUGUCAUUUCCCAUAAUCAACAAGACAAAAUUUCUUAAGCAAUACGACAGCUCUUCCACUAAACACUCUAUUUUAACACAAGCGGUUCUUGCAUUGUCAUUUCGGUUCGUAAGUCAAAAUUUACCAGGGCUUGUGGAAGAAGCCGAACAUUUCGGGGAUGAUUUUUUCAGAAAAGUUAUGAGGCUACUGCGGGACUCAACCCGAUCAAGACUUUGUUAUGUUCAAGCCACACUCCUAAUGGUUUUCUUUCUAGAUAUGGACAAAGACGAUAUUGAAUCUGUCCAAUGGUGUACUUUAGGAAGUGCUAUACGUAUGGCUCAAGAUUUAGGCCUUCACCGUUCUUGUGCGAAUUGGGACCUACCUCGCUCUGAAAUUGAAACUAGACAUCGUGUAUUCUAUGCAUUAUAUAUUAUGGAUCGAUGGCUUGGUGCUCGUGCUGGAAAGCCUCUAACAAUUUUGGAUAGAGAUUUUGAUGCUGCCAUUCCUUCUCCAUUCGAAAUCGAUGAGGAUCCCAAUGAAGAAGCACCAGUAUAUCAGUUUUUCUUACUUUUAAUUGAAUUGUCUGAAAUUCUAGGUCGUGUCCUAAAAUCACUGUAUGCUCCUAACGCAAAAAAUGCAAACUUAGACGCUGCCUUAGACGACCCAACAAUCGUGUCUGUGCUUAAUACUAGGUUAAAAAACUGGAAGAAUGUAUUAGAUAAAACCACUGAUGGCAAAUAUUUGACGGAAAUAGACAACCUAAAUUUAAAGCUAUUUUAUUACACCGUGGUGCUGUUACUACACCGCCCAUUCAGCAGUUUGCCCACAGAUAAAUACUCUCAAUCACAAUCAAUUGUUUCUGAAUCCGAAAACAUAUGCUUAAAUGCUGCUAAACAAUUGAGUGAAGUUGUUACAAGGCGUCAAGAUCAAACGAAGAGUCCCGGUUAUUAUACUAUAUUUUGCUCCCCAACAUGCUUUAUAUAUGCUUUAUUCCAAUCCUCCUUGGUAUUUCUUUCAAAAGCUUUAAAAACUAAGAAUCCUUCGGACACUCAAGAAUUUUAUCAGUCUAUCCAUUUGAUAAAAAUACAUAACGAUAUGGGCCCAGCUCCUCGGGCAAUCGAAAUUUUAAAUAUGUUGGCUACCAUAAAUGGUUUAUAUCCUGGAUCAAGUAACCAAAGUCCGAGUGUUACGAGGCUUGCAAAUGUCAGAUCUGAACCUCACCAAACUACAUCACAUAACGACUUAUAUGUUAAAAAAGAAUUAUCAGUAGCGCCACGCUUUCAUGAGCCACCAACCAGCAGCAGAAAUGAAAUCGUGUACUCGCGAGGAUCAAAUCAAAAAACGAUGACCCCCCAUAUAGAAAAUCGCCAGCAAUACGGAAUACAAUACCAUACUUCGCAACAGCAGCAACAUAUAAGACAACCUCAGUACACAAAUGAUUAUCCUACCUAUAGUAAUGCGCCUACAUACUCUCAUCGAAGAUCUUUAUCGUCCGACCAGUUGCAUAGCACCCAACAAGCGUGUAGUCAACAUCAUUCGAGAUCCAUCUCAUAUGACCAAUUGGAAUUUAUGACCAACGUUUCCCCUUUCCCUCGUGUUGAUCCAAAAUUAAAUGUCGCUAUAAAUGUAGGUGGUAUGGAUAAUGGUUGCUAUACGCCUCAAACAAAUAUUUCUCAUCAUAACCAGUCAAUGCCAACUUUUAAUCCGCAACCCCCACAAGCAUAUCAUUCACCAUAUAAUCCAUCUAAUCUGAAUAUAUCAAGUACAAUUUUACCACCAUCUAACCUUAAUUGGUCCGAUUGGGAUGUUUAUCUUGGGCAUCAUACCUCUUCUCAGCAACAAUAAAAAACAUCCCAAGUGAAUAUCGUGUGAUAAAAAUUAUUUUACGAGUUAAUGUUUUAUUUUUCGGGGAAAUCAAAGCUACCAGGCAAUUGAGCAAUGAUUAGUUUAUGUUUAAGCCAUACCUCUUUUUACAUGCACUGUAUUUUUAAUAUUAAUGAAGUCUACAAUUUUUACACUACAUAUACA